AUAUAGUGAAUGCGGGGUCCGGGGAGAGAGGAUAUAGUGAAUGCAGGGUCCGGGGAGAGAGUGGAUAUAGUGAAUGCAGGAUCCGGGGAGACCAGAUAUAGUGAAUGCAGGGUCCGGGGAGACCAGAUAUAGUGAAUGCAGGGUCCGGGGAGAGCGGAUAUAGUGAAUGCAGGGUCCGGGAGACCGGAUAUAGUGAAUGCAGGGGUCCGGGGAGAGCGGAUAUAGUGAAUGCGGGACCGGGGAGACCGGAUAUAGUGAAUGCGGGGUCCGGGGAGAGCAGAUAUAGGGAAUGCAGGGUCCGGGGAGAG